AUGGCCGAACCGAACAAUACACCAUACCCCCCAGCAACACCACAAUCUCAAACCCCUCGCUCCGCCUCGCCCGUCCUCCACCCCCAUCCCGACAGCCAAGUAGAACCCAUCACGGCAACACCGCAAAUAGCAUCCACAAACGGCACCCAUAAGCCUCGCGUCCUACACAACGGCGACCCGAUCAAAUACAACCCAGAAACCUACGCCGCCUUCUCGGCGCAAUGCGACAUCAUCCGCCCAUCGACGCCCGAACGCCAGCGCCCCGCAUUCGCCGCUGCCCUACGGGACGGUAAGUGGGGCGACUUCUCCGCCGUCUUCCGCCCGUUCUGGGGCACGGGCGGCGAGAUGGGCACCUGGGACGCCGAGCUGGUGCCGCUGCUGCCGGCGAGCUGUCGGGUGUUUGCCAGCGCCGGCGCCGGGUUCGAUUGGGCUGAUACACAACUUCUCGGUGAACGAGGCGUCAUAUACUGCAACUCAGGCCUCGCUGCCGCCGAAGCAGUCGCAGACUUCGCUAUCGCCCUCGUCAUCUCAACAUUCCGCCACCUCCCUUGGUGCAUGAAAUCCGUCUCCGACCCGUCCGCCUUUCAAGACUGCCACGCCCGCGCCACAGCCGCCUCGCACACCCUCCGCGGGCACGUCCUCGGCCUCGUGGGCAUGGGCAACAUCGGCCAGCAGAUCGCGCAGCGUCUCGGUGUCGGCUUCGGUAUGGAAGUACACUACUUCGACGUCGUCCGCAAAGACCCCGUUGACGUGGAGGCCAAAUUUGGCGCUACGUUCCACGAGACGAUGGAGAGCUUGCUUCGCAUCUCGGAUUGCGUUGUGCUAUGUACGCCUGCUGGAGGUAAGGUUAUCACGGCAGAGUCGCUAGCGUGGUUUAAGCCUGGGUCGAGGUUCGUAAAUAUUGCGAGGGGGAGUUUGGUUGAUGAGGAGGCUUUGACGGAUGCGUUGGAGUCUGGGCAGAUUGGGACCGUUGCGCUGGAUGUGCAUGCUGAUGAGCCGAAGCCGCAUCCGAGGUUGCUCAAGAUGGCGGGGACGAAGGCCAUGUUGACGUGUCAUAAUGCUGGAGGGACGGUCGAGACGCACAAGGGGUUCGAGGAGUUGAGUAUGAGGAAUAUCAUGGCGGUGUUGGAUGGAGGGAAGCCGAUUACGCCGGUUAAUCUGCACUAUUUGAAGCAGUGA